AUGGAUUGCGCUUCCGAGCAUUCAUACCCAAGUGGAACUUCCACAAGAAAACCUUUUGCCGUUUCAUCAGAAGGACUACUGGAAGUCGGUGAUAAGACACGUGCCCUCAACUCUGAUCAUAGUCUGGAGAACACGAGACUCCUGUUUCCAACCUUCCGUAUUUGCCAGAUCUGCGGAGAGCAGGCCUCUGGGUGCCACUAUGGGGUUCUUACAUGCGGCAGUUGCAAAGUGUUUUUCAAGAGAGCUGCCGAGGGUAAACAAAAGUUUUUGUGCGCCGGCAGAAAUGAUCGCACAAUUGAUAAGCUGAGGAGACGGAAUUGCCCAUCUUGUCGCCUUAAAAGAUGCAUUGAAUCAGGGAUGAGCCUUGGAGCCCGAAAACUGGGGAAAAUCAAGCAGGUUGUCGCAGUGAAGCGUGACCUGGACUUGGUGCCCGAGGUCAUAGCAGUGAAGCCUUUCCCCCCCCAUGCCGGCCUGCAGGACCAACAUGGCCUCCUGAGCACCCUGGCCCAAAUCGAGCCUGUGAUAGUGAACGCCGGCCAUGACCCGGCUCAACCCAACUCAACUGACUCCCUGCUGACCAGCCUCAACAAGCUGGGAGAGCGGCAACUCAUUGAGUUCAUCAAAUGGGCAAAGGGAGUGCCAGCUAACAGCAGAUGGACAGGCUUUCAGAAGCUACACAUGGAUGACCAGCUGGCUGUCUCUUGGAUGGGAAUCAUGGUGUUCGCCUUGGGAUGGAGGUCCUUCAAAAAAGUCAAUGCCAGAAUGCUCUACUUUGCCCCUGAUCUCGUGUUCAGUGACCAGAGGAUGCAAGUCUCCAGCAUGUAUGAGCACUGUGUCUGCAUGCAGCACCUCUCUCAGAGCCUGGGCCAACUCAAGGUAACAAAGGAGGAAUUCUACUGCAUGAAGGUGAUGCUCCUAUUCAGUGUCGUUCCAGAGGAAGGGCUGAAAAGUCAGAGCUGUUUCGACGAAUUACGAAUGACCUACAUCAAUGAGUUGAACCAUUUGGUUAGCCACACGAGCCAAGGUGACCAAGCCGAGAGACUCUUCCAGCUUACUCAGCUUCUGGAUUCCCUGCACCGGAUUGUGAAGAAGCUUCAUCAGUUUACGUACAAUCUGUUCAUCCAGGCCCAGUCCCAGUCAGUGAAGGUGAAUUUCCCAGACAUGAUCUCUGACAUCAUAUCUGUUCACGUACCAAAGAUUCUAACAGGCAUGGAGCCAAUUCUCUUCCAUGAAUAG